AUGGCGACUCCCCCGGCACCGUUUGGUGGAAGCGUUGCUGCUGUCAGCACGGCCCAGCACGUCAUGACAACGGAGAAGACCUCAAGCGCCACGAGCGAAAGCAAAGUGGAAUUUAUCUCACCAGCUGAAUCGGAGGAAAUUAGACAUGAAGAAAUUGCCAAGCUUGCCAAAACUUUCUCGCAACUCUCGCGGCAGCAAAGCUCAAGCUUUUCGUCCGAUGAUGCGGUCAAUACGUUUCUCGAUCCGUCUAAGAACUCGGAACUUGACCCCAGUUCCCCCGACUUCAAUUCCCGCAAAUGGGUUCGAAAUACCCUGCAGAUGACCCGCGACCCUGAGCGCUUCCCGCGUCGCACAGCAGGUGUAUCCUUCCAAAAUCUCAAUGUCUUUGGGUAUGGUACGGCGGCAGAUUAUCAGUUGAAUUUUGGCAACAUCUGGCUCAAGAUGGCCGACGCGGCCAAGCAUACCUUGGGACUAGGAGAAAAAGUGCGCAUUGAUAUUUUACGUGACUUUGAGGGAAUUGUCGAGCAUGGUGAGAUGUUGGUCGCCUUGGGUCGGCCGGGCAGUGGAUGCUCCACGUUUCUCAAGACCAUUGCUGGUGAAACCCAUGGUCUAUUCCUGGGUGAAGGGGUGGAUGUGCAAUAUGAAGGUAUCUCGUGGGAUCAGAUGCACGGUCAAUUCCGUGGAGAGGUUAUCUAUCAAGCCGAGACCGAGAUACAUUUCCCACAGCUGACUGCCGGGGAAACUUUACUUUUUGCGGCUCAAGCACGUACACCGGUUAAUCGUCUUCCUGGGGUGACACGAGAUCAGUAUGCCUUGCAUAUGCGAGACGUCACUAUGGCCAUGCUUGGACUCUCUCACACCGUCAACACCAAGGUUGGAAAUGACUUUAUUCGCGGCGUCUCGGGGGGUGAGCGAAAGCGCGUCAGUAUUGCUGAGACAACCCUAUGCGGUAGUCCCCUGCAGUGCUGGGAUAACAGCACACGUGGGCUGGAUAGUUCCACCGCGUUGGAGUUUGUGAAGAAUCUUCGUUUGUCCACGGAUUACAGUGGUACCACGGCCGUCGUCGCAAUCUACCAAGCCAGCCAGUCCAUUUAUGACCUCUUUGACAAGGCCAUUGUUCUCUAUGAAGGACGUCAGAUCUACUUCGGAAAGGCAAAGGAUGCGCGUCGCUUUUUUGUGGACAUGGGAUUUGAGUGCCCUGAUAGACAGACAACUGCUGAUUUCCUUACCUCCCUUACUAGCCCAUCGGAGCGUGUGGCUCGUCCUGGCUACGAAGAUCAGGUCCCUCGCACACCCGAUGAAUUUGCAGCUCGCUGGAAGGCGAGCCCCGAGCGAAAGCAGCUUCUUCAGGAAAUUGCCAAUAAGAAUGCUCAGUACCCAGUUGGCGGUCGCCAGGUAGAGGAAUUCAGUCACUCUCGUGCAGUCGAGAAAUCGAAACGCGUACGUGUUACCUCGCCGUAUACCCUUUCAUACCCUGAGCAGGUCAAGCUCUGUCUUUGGCGUGGUUUCCUACGCCUGAAAGGAGACAUGAGCAUGACAUUGGCAUCGGUGAUCGGUAAUGCGGUGAUGGGAACUAUCGUUUCCACGGUCUUCGUAAACUUGGCAGAUGACACAGGGAGCUUCUUUCAACGUGGAGCACUCUUGUUUUUCGCCAUCCUGUUGAACGCCUUCGCUAGCUCUUUGGAGAUCCUGACUUUGUGGCAACAACGGCCAAUUGUGGAGAAACACUAUAAAUAUGCCCUUUAUCACCCUUCCGCUGAAGCGAUCAGUUCUUACAUCGUUGAACUUCCAUCAAAGGUAUUAAUUGCGAUAUUUUUCAACAUCAUUAUCUACUUCGUACCUCAUCUGCGUCGGACAGCAGGACAUUUUUUUAUUUUCUUCCUGUUUUCAUUCACUACCACACUGGUAAUGUCGAACAUCUUCAGAUGGAUUGGAGCCGUUUCUCGAGCCAUGGCUCAAGCUAUGGUUCCAUCUUCAAUUUUCAUGAUGAUUCUCGUCAUAUACACUGGCUUUGCUAUUCCAACCCGUGAUAUGCAUCCUUGGUUCAGGUGGCUCAACUGGCUUAAUCCCAUCGCUUACGCAUUCGAAUCGCUUAUGGUAAAUGAGUUCAGUGGUCGAGAUUUUCCUUGCUCUUCGUAUGUUCCUCAAGGGCCGGGGUACGAGAAUGCCCCACUCAGCUCAACAAUUUGUGACGAUAAAGGCGCCGUCGCGGGCCAGAACUUUGUCAAUGGAGACGCAUACAUUAACACUACCUAUGAAUACUACAAAGAGCACCUGUGGCGCAACUUUGGUAUUUUGAUUGGGUUUUAUGUGUUUUUCUUGAUCUUGUAUAUUGUCACUAGCGAGUUUAUUCGAGCCAAGCCAUCCAAGGGUGAGAUCUUGGUUUUCCCUCGUGGCAAGAUCCCUAUAUAUGCGAAGAAGGUCCAUGGCAAUGAUCCGGAGACCGGAAUAACAGAGAAGGCCCACAUCGGCGAUGGAGUUCAGGGUCAGAGCACGGCCAACCUUGCGAGACAAACGUCCAUCUUCCACUGGGAGAACGUUUGUUACGACAUUAAGAUCAAGGGUGAAACUCGUCGUAUUCUAGACGGCGUGGAUGGCUGGGUGAAACCUGGUACUUUGACUGCUCUAAUGGGUGUGACAGGUGCCGGUAAAACUUCUUUGCUUGAUGUGCUCGCUGACCGAGUGACGAUGGGAGUAAUCACCGGCGACAUGCUCGUGGAUGGCAGACAGCGGGAUCAUUCAUUCCAGCGUAAAACAGGCUAUGUUCAACAACAGGAUCUACACCUCGAAACGAGUACUGUUCGCGAAGCGCUCACUUUCAGUGCACUUCUUCGUCAGCCUCAUAGUACGCCGUAUGAAGAGAAGAUCAAUUAUGUUGAGGAAGUCAUCAAGAUGCUCGAUAUGGAAGAAUACGCAGAAGCAAUUGUCGGUAUCUUGGGAGAGGGAUUGAAUGUGGAACAACGCAAACGCUUAACCAUUGGUGUCGAGAUUGCAGCCAAGCCAGACCUGCUGUUGUUUUUCGAUGAGCCAACUUCGGGCCUCGAUAGUCAAACUGCCUGGUCCAUCUGUUCCUUGAUGCGGAAGCUUGCCAACCAUGGUCAAGCUGUUCUUUGCACAAUUCAUCAACCCUCUGCAAUUCUCAUGCAAGAGUUCGACCGACUUCUGUUCCUUGCAAAGGGUGGUCGCACAGUGUACUUUGGCGAUCUAGGGUCCAACAUGCAGACUCUGAUCAAGUACUUUGAGAAUAAGGGCUCGAUCAGUUGUCCUUCAGACGCGAACCCUGCUGAAUGGAUGCUUGAGGUCAUCGGUGCUGCCCCUGGCUCUCACGCGGAUCGAGACUGGGCAAUGGAAUGGACCAACAGUGCCGAACGAGUUACAGUCCGUGGGGAGCUUGCCAAGAUGAAGGAGGAACUUUCCCAGAAACCGGUACCCCAUGCAACCGCUGGAUAUGGAGAGUUUGCAACCCCAAUUUGGUAUCAGUUCCUCAUCUGUAUCCGUCGCAUGUACCAACAGUACUUCCGAAGCCCUGGAUAUCUUUAUUCCAAGACUGCCAUGUGUAUCUUGCCGCCUCUCUUCAUCGGCUUCAGUUUCUGGCGUGAGCCCAAUACUCAACAAGGGAUGCAGAAUCAGCUUUUUGCCAUUUUCAUGCUUCUCAUUAUCUUCCCCAACCUGGUUCAACAGAUGAUGCCCAGUUUUUGCACGCAGCGCUCGUUGUACGAAGUGCGCGAACGCCCCUCCAAAGCCUAUUCCUGGAAAGCGUUCAUGCUCGCCAGCAUCUUCACUGAGCUACCAUGGAACAUCAUCAUGGCCGUUCCUGUGUUUUUCUCGUGGUAUUAUCCGAUCGGACUUUACCGAAAUGCACCAGCAGGCACGGAGGUGGCCCGAGGUGGAACCAUGUUCUUGAUCAUCCUUGUCUUCCUCAUGUUCACCUCGACUUUCAGCUCAAUGGUUAUCGCGGGCAUUGAACAGCCCGAGACUGGUAGCAAUAUCGCGCAGUUGCUUUUCUCUCUCUGUCUGGUUUUCAAUGGUGUCCUCGCGAGUCCCACCCAGUUACCCCGAUUCUGGAUCUUCAUGUACCGCGUCUCGCCCUUCACGUACCUGGUCUCCGCGGUCCUAUCUACCGGCCUGUCCGGACAUAGUGCCGAAUGCUCAGAAAUUGAGCUAUUAACGGUAUCCCCGCCUACAGGACAAAAUUGUUCUGCUUACCUGGAUCAAUAUGCGACGACCUACCAUGCGACCUUACUUAACGGUGACGCGACAGAAAACUGCCAGCUGUGUUCGAUCUCCACCACGGAUGAAUUCCUGGCUGCUCUAAACAUCUACUUUGAUGACCACUGGCGGAACAUCGGCCUGAUCUUUGUGUACAUUUUUUUCAAUGUUUUCAUGGCUGUCUUCCUCUAUUGGUUGGUUCGGGUACCAAAGAAUUGGUCUCGCAAGGUGAAGGCGAAGCAAGCGUGA